AUGGCAUCUGAUAGCUACCCUUCACAUGAGGACAGGAAGAAGAAGAAGAAGAAGAAGAGUGACGGGGAUGUAAAGAGCAACGACAAAGAGGCUGAUGUCCUGAAGGUCCAGGUGGACAUUGAUGAGCUCACAGCCUCUGGCAACAUUGCCCUAAAGCAAGGAGACUGUGAAGAAGCUCUCAGCUGCUUCAAAAAGGCCUUCAAAGCUUCCAUAGAGGUGACAUUACUUAGGCUACUUCCUCAUUGUCCCUUUUGAGACAUUUUGUACCCAUAUAAUAUAGGGCUUACUAAAACUGUGAGAGGGAGAGUUGGGCACAUGAUUUUCUUGUUUGGAAAAUGUCCAGGCAACAAAAGCUAGUCUGGUUCCAAGUCCAAAUGGAUUACAGUGUUUACACAAUCUUUAUUGUCCACCAAAUGGUAAUUGGUUUUCACAACGACAUACAUCUGACAACCACAACAUUUAGACAUACUGUAUGGAAGAAAGUCAAAUAUGCUGCAUAAUGUUUACUGGUACUUAUGUUAGCUUUUAUAAUGUUUAAGUUGCCUCUCUGACCAUACUCUAUCACCCACAGCUAAAGGAGACCAGGGUCCAGCGGGCAUGUGCCUUUAACUUGGGAGCUGCCUACGUGGAGGCAGGGUAAAGCCCAGAAGGGGCUGGACUUCCUGAAGCGUGCCCAGCCAGGAGAGAGGGGCGAGCGGGUAGCAGACCUCCAGUUCAACCUGGCUGUAGCCCAUGAGACCCUGGGGAACCACAGCCGGGCGGCUGGUCACUACCUCCAGGCAGCCCAGCUGUACCGCUCCCAGGGGGACGGGGCCAGUGAGGGGGACACCUGCAUGAAAAUGUCCCACUGUCACCUGCUCCUACAGGUCAGUCAGCUCCAGGUGUAUGUUGUUUAUGGUUCAGCUCAAGGAUCAGAUUGCCCUCCCAAAAAUCUCAACCCCUAACCAUUAUAGGGGAACAGUAAACUGUACUUAUCUUCAUCCCCUUAAGCCAUUCCAAAACUUAACACCAGGAGUUUUGCCUUCAUGCACAUUAAGAUUGUGCUGAGGCCUCCCGAGUGGCUUCACUACAGACCCGGGUUCAAUCCUGGGCUGUAUCACAACCUGCCGUGAUCGGGAGUCCCAUAGGGCGGUGCACAAUUGGCCCAGAAUAUUGAUACAUUACUAUCUCCAACACUUUUAAUCUGCAAAAAUGACAAAUUAAUUAGUGGGUGAUGGUGAUUUCAGCUCAACCCCGCCCAACUGAAAGUGGGGUGGUAGAUGCCGAGUUUCCCUUAUGGCUCAGCUCAGGUGCCUACAUACAAUAUAGACAUAUACAUCAUUUACACACACGCACGCGCACACACACAGAAGUCAGCUCAGACAGCUACAGCUGAGAGAGGCCCAACUCAUAAGCUCCAUCAGCAGCAGAUUUUAAUUUAAAAUGGAAAAUGAAUGUGUUUACGCAACAAAUGUUAGUGCAUCGCAUCGAACCGAAUCGCUUCGAUUCGUUCCUCUAAUCAAACCAAAUCGCACCGAAUCGUUUCAAACUAAAACAAAUUGUUCCUGUAUCGAAGCCCAUGUAUCUAGAUGCAUAUCGAAUCGUCUUGAAAAGGAAAGAUGCACAUCCCUAAUUCAUAAUAAUUUGUAAGAGAUUCUGCAAUGUCUGACUGACUCAUUUGAGAUGUAUAGCAGCCAGAUCUAUAUACUGUCAGCUCACUGACUGUCCUACGUAGAGCUGGUUCUGAUUCAAGCUGUGUGUUUUCAGGACUGGACCCAGGCAGCUCAGAGCUUCCAGAGGGCUGGGGAGAGCUACAGGGUGGCAGGCAAGCUGGACUCAGCCGCCACGGCCUUCAAAGAGGCAGGAAGUCACAUGCUCCAGUCAGAUGACUUCACCAUGGAUGAUAUCAUCACCGUGCUUACUGAUUGCCUCGAGCUGAGCGACAACAUCAAAGACCCAGAGAUGCUCGGUAGGUAAACUGUCAGGGUAACUGAAUUGAGGAAAAAACAAAAGAGUAACAGCAUUGUCAGUCAACAAUUUGAUCACAGUUUUGGGACCUUUUCCCUCCGUCUUUCAGGUAAGGUGUACAACGACCUGGGCUUGAGUUUCUCCCAGCUGAAGUUGUUCCAGGAGGCAGCCGGGUGCUAUGAGCGGGCCCUGCCCCUGGCCAGCACCAAGCCCAGCAGGCUGGCUGUGGUCCUACAGAACCUGGGAGCCGUUCACAACACACUGAGCCAGUACCGGCAGGCCCUGGACUACCACCGCCAGGCAGCCAGCCUGCAUGGUGAGCUUAUUACAUCAAUUAUAGUUAUACUGUAUUUUCUGCACAGUUCAGUGCUGUUCUUUUCUGUAUGUAAUAAUGAUAUGCCAUUUAGCAUGCGCUUUUCUCCAAAGCACUCUGCGUGCAUAUCUUUUUUCGUAUGAGUGGUGCCAGCAAGAAUCGAACCCACAACCCUGGUGUUGCAAGCCCUCUACCAACUGAGCCACAGAGAAUAAUGUGUGUGUGAGGAACAUGUCACCUGAGGUGUGUAGGAGUAAUUGUUUAGGCAGAGGGGUAGACCAUUCCUCACACAUUUCAUUAUACCCUGAUUAAUCCUUUACAGUAUCUGGGUCUGUCUGUGUGUCCAGUGCUCUCCAUGCCUCUAAUCUGUCUCUGUGAGCAGCUCUCACAUUAGCAAAAGAGAGAAGUGUGUGUGUGUGUGUGUGUGGCUGAAACUCCACUGAGGCAAUCCCAUGGGGACUUACAGAAUGCUUACCACAGCACCACUGAGUGACUCACACACUGGUAUGUCUUGCGCGUAUGUGCAUGUAACGGUUAUAAGAUCUUUUUUGGGUCAGCCAACAUGCUGUUGGGGAUGUGAGCAUGACAUUAUAGCUACUUAUGCUUUUUUUAAGUGAGUAAAAAAGUGAUGACGCUGUAAAGAUGAUCUUGUUCCCUUUAUUAACCACUCUCCCUUUUUAAUCUAUUUUUCUCUCUCACUCUGUAUCUCUCUCUGAUACCCCUCCCCCUUCUCUCUCCCCCUCAUGCUGUGUCUCUGUGUCAGGGUCUUUGGGCAGUCGUCGUGCUCAGGGCCGCUGCUUCAGUAACUUGGCCUUUGCCCUCAGUCAGCUGGGGGAGCAUGAGGAGGCAGCAGAGAACUACCUCCACGCCCUGCAGGCCUUCAAAGACACUGGUACAAAAUCAAGUCCAACUUUAUUCUUUAUAAUAAUAAUAUAGCAUAUUUUCAUGUUGAAGUGUGUUAUAAAUGUUUAAACAGACUAUUAAUGACUCUUUACAUCCAUUGACCCCUUUUGACACUUUAAGUCUCACCCUCAUUCUCUCUCUCUCUCUCUCUCUCUCUCUCUCUCUCUACCUUGUUUACUCAACUUUCUCAAUAUCUCUUUAUAUUUAUCUUUCUUCCUCCUUUUCUCUCUCGCUCUCUCUAUAUAUCUAGAUGACUAUAAGGGCCAAUGGCAGGCUUGUGAGGGUUUAGGGGAAGCUCGUUUUAAGUUGAGAGACCUGGAGAGAGCCACCCUCUACUACAAACAAGCUCUGGGUUUACUGUCAAAGUGCAAGGUAAAGGGAAUCACUACUACAAAUACACCAACCCAUACAAUCUAUCCCCAAUAGAAUAUACUUUUUCCAGUUAUAUAUGGUUACUCAGACCUUAUCAGACCGUAUAACGUUGGUUAACCGCUGUCUUCAUUUCCAGGACUCAUCCAGCUCGGUCCAGGAGCGUCUGGUCAACAAGCUGAGUGAGGCCCUGCAACACAGGCUGUCACUGACCACCCCUGGAAAACCCCAGGUAGGUACUGUCUGGACACCACACUCCUGACCUUCAUACUCGGUUGCAGGAAAACAAACUGAUUUGUUUAUCUAUCAUCCAGUAUCUAGUUAAUAUAUCAACACUAUAACCAGAUAAUAUAUCAACCAUCUUCUGGUCUGUUGGUGGGAACUAUAAUGAAGUGUGUGUGUGUGUGUGUGCGUGUGAUGUGCGUGCUUGUGUGGAAACCAUCACUACACUCUGCAUAGAGCGGUCUCGGCCCUCGUCUACAUACUCAAAAUAGAAAAGCUGUUCUGAAUGGCCAUAGGGCAAACAACAAGACCCCAAGGUGAGGACCUUCAGCUUAAAUGUUUACUGUGAAAAAUGUGUUUCCAUUUCAAGCCACUUUCAACUCUCUUGUAGAACUUGUUAGUGUACUCAUGCAUUUAGACAGUUUAAUCUCCAGUGUACUGACUGGGCUGUUGUUCCCUAGUGAGUGGAGCUGGCUCUGCAGAGGUGUCUACCGAAGAGCAAGGGAAGGAGGAGGAAGCCCUGGGGCCAGAUGGAGAACAGGUACACACAGUGACCAUGGGAGAAGCAGGUGACUCCCAGUCACCGGUGACAGGAUCUCUCACUGAGCAGCCGGGCUAUCUGACUGUGCUGCCAGGGGCAAACAGGCAAGGCAUUUAACACACACACACACACACACACACACUGUAAACAUCAUCAUACAUGUGCACACAAUGCACAUUAUCACUAAUUUACUGUACACAUUGGCACACAUACAUAGAUGCACCAUUAUACACACAUGUGCAUACGCCCAAUAACACCCAUCCAGACAACCCAUAAAUAAACCCAGGGUAAUUUUACUUGUUGUGAUUGACUUUGAUUCUUUAUUAGCACACUGGAAAAAUCAAACACUUUUUCAUUUCGUGCCACCAGACGCCGGCCUCUUAAAUUGUUUAUUUUUGCAGAAUGUCGUUAAGGUAUAAAGACCUGUUGGGUUUUCUUAAAUUACACUGAAGAAGAUGAGCUCUGGGAGUGUCUGCUCUGCAGAGAAGACUAGAAUAAUGGGAAAAUGGAGAGUCAUCAGACAGCCACAGAUGUAUCAUAAGAGCACCAGCAGAGAAAACAAAACCUCAUACAUAAUUCAUGUGCAUGGGGAUGACCUUGGCCUCCACUGAUGAUUCAUUACCAUCCUCCUGUAAACACACACACACACUCAUUUCUGCAUAGCUGCACUGUUUGUUAUUCUCCCGUUCCCCGAGUAACCAUAUAUCUAAGAUGCCUUUAACUUGGCAUUGCUGUGUGUGUGGCCAAUGUUACACUGCUGCUUGUCAUUUUAAUUAUUCUUGAAAAGUUAUUUUUGAGAUGAAGAUGUUUGAGCGUGACUCUUCCUCUCACCUCCAGGAACCUGAAUAAUACAUAUGAGCAGCCCGAUCCCCAUUACCAGACCCCAUCAGACCACCCUGGACUCACCCAGCAGCGUAAGAACCACUCCCCCUCAAUCUUAACCUGAGAAACAGGUGCACAACAUGAACUUUUGCACAAAUCUCCCAUUGGGGAAGUAGCUAGCUACUAGCUAUAAGUAGUCUGUGGGCUAAGUAGUCCUUAUUUGGACAGAGGACCACUCUAGCCUGUUAAAAUAAAGCUAUAAUUUUUUAAAAUCCACAUUCUGCACAUAAUAUUAUUGUUACAAGAAAGUAAUGGCUAUGUUAUCAAAAGCUUUGUUCAACCUAUUUAGACUGUUUGUUUUAAUCCUUCUGUAGGUGAGCAUUUAUAUGAGAGCAUUAAACCGAGGACAACACAGACUAACAGGUACGUAAUGUUGACUGAGUUAUUUCCAGUAAUCAGCUUUGGUUUGAUACUGACUGAACACGUAUCAUGUGUUUUAGUGAGACUCCAUUGUCCGAGAGCUCCGAAGUUCCACCCACUGGUGUGUCAGAUAAUGAAGAGACCAUACCCCUGUUAAAGAAAUGGAAGUCCCAAAUCUGCACAGUCAUGUGACUAGAUGCAAGUCCAGGCUAAUGUGGUUGGUUAAUUGAAAGUAUUCAUAGGAAUGACUCUAUUGAGUGUAUUUCUAUGGGUCAAAUCUGCUCUUUGCAAAUUGGUAUAAAAAAUUAUAAUGCACAUGUAAGUAAGUGCUACUGUAGAAUAUUGUCUGUCUCAUCUCCUGCAUGUACAAGUGUUGCCUUGUCAUUGCCUUUGUCUUCCAAACACUCCUUGUGUGUAUGCUGGUCAUUGUCCCCCACAAUGAAAUCGGGAGGGGACUGUGGAUCUGUCUCCGUCCGUUAAUACAUUAGUAUGUUCGUUCGUAUGUUAGUCACAAGCGAUAUCUCAG